AUGGCAAAGGCUCUAAAGAACAGCUCUGCCUGUCACUGCCACAGCAAUGGCUCCUUCUCAGAGGUCUGUGACUCACGGACAGGCCAGUGCCAGUGCAAAGCCAACGUCAUCGGGCGCCGGUGUGACAUCUGCAAGCCUGAAACCUUUGGCUUGCAAUCUUCAAGAGGAUGUGCUCCCUGCAACUGCAACUCCUUUGGUUCCAAGUCCUUUGACUGCACUGAGGAUGGGCAGUGCUACUGCCAGCCGGGGGUGGCAGGGCAGAAGUGUGACCGCUGCGCUCAUGGAUUUUACAACUUUGAAGAAGGAGGCUGCACUCCCUGCGACUGCUCACGCUUUGGUGAUAACUGUGAUCCCCUCAGUGGCCGCUGUAUCUGCCCCCCCAACACUGUUGGAGAGAUGUGUGACAGAUGUGCACCAAACCACUGGGGCCAUGACAUUGUCAGUGGCUGCAAGCCCUGUGCCUGCAGCCUGGUUGGAGCCCUGAGCCCUCAGUGUGACUUCAAAACCGGUUGUUGCUUCUGCCGCCCUGAGUUCUCCGGGGAUAAAUGCACGGAGUGCAGGCCUGGGUACUGGAAUUACCCACACUGCGUUGCCUGUCAGUGUCUCCUGGCAGGGACUGACCCUCAGAGCUGUGAUGCAGAGAUGGGGAAGUGCUCCUGCAAGGAUCCCAGUGGCCAGUGCAGCUGCAAGGUGAAUGUGGAAGGUGUCCACUGUGACAGGUGCAAGGCUGGUACAUUUGGCCUGUCUGCCAACAACCCCCUUGGCUGCAGCAGUUGCUAUUGCUUUGGCGUGAGCAGGCGGUGCGGCGAGGCGCGGGGGCUGGCGCGCACGUGGGUGACCUUGAAGCCUGAGCAAACAGUUCUGCCCCUGGUGGAUGAGAAGCUGCAGGGCAGCACCCUCACGGGGGUUGCGUUCCAGCCUCCCGAAAUAGUCGCAGACAUCGAGCAGGUGAUGAGGGAGCUGCGCUCGGAGCCUGUCUACUGGAGACUGCCAGAGCAGUUUGAGGGACCAAAGCUGACUGCUUAUGGAGGGAAACUGAAGUAUGCCAUCUACUUUGAAGCAAGAGAAGAGACAGGGUUCACUACCUACUACCCCCAAGUCAUCAUGAGGGGGGGGCCUCCGACCCACACCAGAGUCAUCGUGCGGCAUGUGGCUGCCCCUCUCAUUGGGCAGCUGACAAGGCAUGAGAUACAGAUCACAGAGCACGAGUGGGAAUACUAUGUUGGCGACCCAAGAGGCCGAGGUGCUGCACCCUGGGGAUACCAGCAGGAUGAGCCAGGGGUCAACAGGACAGUGCCCAGGACAGAUGUCACCUGGAGACCUUCUGGAGAUGACUCAAGGCCAAGCAGAGCUGUGUCUCGGGAGGACUUCCUGAAUGUGCUGUAUGAUGUCCACUACAUUCUCAUCAAGGCCACCCAUGGCAACAUCAUGAGGCAGAGCAGGAUUUCUGAGAUCUCAAUGGAAGUUGCUGAAGUUGGCAGCGUGUCUGGGAUGACUCCUCAGGCUCACUUGAUUGAGCAAUGUGACUGCCCCUUGGGUUAUUCUGGUCUGUCAUGUGAGGUACAGUACUAA